UUCUAGCCGAGGACGUAUUAUGCCCCUCCCCUAUUCUGCUGUUUCUUAUAUUCAAUCUACACCCUGACCCUAUCAACCCCCAGUCCGACUAAUUCAGUCCGGCGUUGAUGAAGAUGUCCGCUUCUAAGUAUACUCUUACUGCUCAGGAACUUCACACUCUUUCAUCCAAAGCGAUCGCUGCUAAAGCUGCAGCCUACUGCCCAUAUUCUAAAUUCCGGGUCGGUGCAUGCGUUCUCACCCAUUCUGGUGAGUACAUCGUCGGCGCCAAUGUCGAAAACGCAUCCUAUCCGGUUGGCACAUGUGCAGAACGAGUAGCGUUUGGGACUGCUGUUGUCGCGGGACAUCAUGACUUCAAAGCUGUCGCUGUCGCUACCGAUAGUAGCCCCCCGGCGUCCCCGUGCGGAAUGUGCAGGCAAUUCAUGAAUGAAUUUACGACUCCUUCGUUCCUGAUUUAUAUGUAUGACUCGGAAGGAAACUAUACUUGUAAGACUAUGCGCGAGCUUCUCCCGGACUCGUUUGGUCCGGAAGACUUUCCGGGUGAAAGGGUGCAAUCGUAGUCCCUUCCCAUUUCAAUGUAUGAGCUUCCUUGCUGCGAUCAUUAUGGCUCCGGAACCCGCUGUAUAAUCGGCCAAGUGGUAUCAUGCCAUUUUCUAUAUGGAACAGACCUGCUCAAGUUGUUUUUAUGUCAACAAGCCUUUGCUGUGUAUUACGGGAGUUGUUCUUCGAAUGUCGAAGUGCUUGUUUGAAUACUUGCAAAGAUACAAUUAAAUUAAUUUUGUUAAGUUUCCGAUAAAAAUCGGGUUGUUCCGUUAUGCUCCC